AUGAUCAACGUGACUAUUCACCCUAUCUCGGAGCGGACAUUUUGGAUGCGCGCUUUCCUGGCGGUGCUCCGGCUCUUUCGUGGGAAACUGAUCAAACCCCCUCAAGACGAUGCGCCGUCGAAGCGGGAAUGGCCCAAGCAUGAAUGGUCCAGCGUCGGGUCCCCUCGUCUAAACAUUCCAACUCGUAUGGAAGGAGAGCUCUUAAUCACAGAACGAAGUGUGGAUGAUAUCUGGUGCUAUGAUGUAGAUCUCAAGUCGAAGUCCAGGGAUAAUACAUCGACAUCGAAACAAGUCAAAAGAGUGUUCUAUUUUGCAGGCGGAGCUUUUCAAAUGGCGGCAGGACCCCCUCACUGGAGUCUGAUCGCCGAGAUAGUGAGAAAAACGCCCAAUUGUCGUCUUACACUCAUCUCUUGGCCUCUCGGUAAACAUGCGAAUCCAUCUACAGCUAUCCCCAACACAGCAAAUGCAUACCUUCGAUUACUGUCCGAGUCGGCACUAGAUGACGAGCAUGUCAUUCUUAUGGGUGACAGUGCUGGAGGUAAUAUCGCAACUUCUGUGGCUUUAUAUACCCUCCGUACGACGCCUCCUUCGGAGAAAACUCGUAUUGCACCAAACCAGCUGUGUCUUAUUUCUCCGGUCAUGGAUUGCGUAAACGACAACCCAGAAAUGGAGGUGGUAGAUAAAGUGGAUCCCGUAGUGACAGCGGAAACAUGUCGUGAAAUCGCAGAUAAGUGGAGAGCCGAUGUACCAGCGACUGAUCCCAUCGUUUCUCCGGUCCGAGCGGAUCUUUCGGUAUUAGCGGAACAUGGCAUCAAGGUCAAUGGUAUAAUCGGGACAUGGGACGUCCUUGCUCCGGAUGCAAUGAAAUUUAUGAGAAAAUGCGAUACCUCGGGGGUUUCAGGCGAUUGGUAUAUUGCAGAAGGCCAGAUGCACUGCUUCCCCUUGGCAUGGGGACUAAGGUUCAAGAAUAGUAUAGAUGGGAAGAAUUGGAUUUUACGCACGCUGAGAGAAGAAUCAGCUUAA